UGUGCACACACCUGCGGUUACAGCACUGAGAGCUCGAGCACAGGAGAAAGCAGCACCGGUGAUGCAUUUUUGGAUGAGAUGCAGAGCGUUUGGUACUCUAAGCUCAUCGAGUGCCUAAGAGACACGGCCAAACAGUUUGGACUACCGCUUAGCCGCAAGCGCACCAUUGGGGAACAAGAAUUAGUGGAAUCCAGGUGGUUCGACUUGGGAAGUGAAGAGAUCGAGCUGUUGGCAGCCGAACCGCUGUACACCCCUCAGGACUUUCUUGACUUCUUGCUUUCUGCAGUACCCACUGAAGAUAACAUAUGCUUCACUUCUGGAAACACAAGUCUUCUCGCCCAAGCAUCGGUGGUGCUGAAAACCAAAGAUAUUUGCGAACUGAGAGAAAUGCUGAAGAUGCCGGAUUACGAGUCUCCCUUGCCUCAGGACUUGGAUAGCGCAGAGUACGAACUAUUUGCCCAGCUAAUAUACGACACAAGUGAUCAGCUGGCAGCAAGGGAAUUCCUGAAGCGAGGAUGCCCGCACUGCAUGCGAAGACUUUUCUGGGCACGGGUGCUGGGCGUUUCAUCACCCGAGAAGGUCAACGCGGAGUUCGAACGAGCUCAAGGAAAGGUGAUACGGUACGAGUUACUUGUGGACCAAAUUAUAAUAAAGGACGUCCGUGACAAUGUAAUGAACGACGUCGAGUACUUCGCAUUUGACGACAGUUGCUAUCAAGUAAUGUUGGCAUUCACAAGAGACUACUGCAUUGCGAGAAGGAUAAGAAGUCAUUUCUUAGGAACGGUUGCAAUGAAAAGCGACUUGCCUUGCGGAGCCGUUCCGCAUUACGGUUUCUCGUUACUAGUGAGCCCACUGUGCUUUAUGUACGCAGAAGUCGGCAUCAUGUACGCGGUGUUUCGUGAAAUGUAUUGUCGCUACUUCCACAAGUUAAUGGCAAUUUCGUCUGACCCCCAGGGCAUUGUAUCAUUGCUGCUGACCUUUGAGAGACUGGUCCAGUACAGGGAGCCCGAGUUCCUUCCCGCGCUUGCCUCCAAGAAUGUCAAUUUGCAACCUAUAGUGUUCCAAAUGCUCAUGCAAUCAUUUUGCGCGCACCUGCCAGUGGAAGAAGUCCUGAGACUGUGGGACAGGAUUCUAGGCUACGAUUCUGUCUAUGUCCUUCCGGUUGCAGCUGCAAGCUUGGUAUGCUCCAAGAAGACAGAAAUUCUCGGCACGAAAGAUCAGUCCUCCCUAGAGGACAUGUUUAACAAGCUCCAGCCUUGCGAUGUCAUUUCUACGCUGGAAGAAUUCCUCAAGCCUCCCAACUUGUGAAAUGAAGAGUACACCUUCACUGCCCGUGGUGUCCCUUAAAGACACUGACAAUCCACUUUAAUGGUGCUUGUGUUACAGCGGAAGCUGUUAUGAGAUCGAAACUCGCGUCACGCGUGGCUCCGUAGUUGUCCGCC